UGUUAAAAACUCGCUAUAUGCGCAUGGUGUCCAUCAACAGCGCAUCGUAAAAACAGUCUUUGCUGAGCGGGAAAGCUACGAGCAAAAAAAUUGUAGUGGGUCGUCGUUGUAAAUCCAUUUUAAUCACGCUGAAUAAUGAGUGACGAACUUAAUGACUCUGGUUGCGUGGAGAAAAGCCGGAACGACAGCGUGAGCGAACACGAAGAUGAGCGUUCGCACAGUCCAGACAUUCACUUUGAGCCGGUCAUGAAGUUGCCAUUGAUAGAUGUGAAAACGCUCGAAGAAGAUGAGGAGGUCCUUGUCAAGUUGCGGGGAAAACUCUACAGGUACGUCACGGCGCCAGACGAGGCACCGGAGUGGAAGGAGCGUGGCACAGGCGAGGUGAAGAUCCUCUGCAACAAGUCUGGCCACUGCCGCAUUCUCAUGCGCCGUGACAAGACCUUCAAAGUCUGCGCCAACCACUAUGUGCACCCGGGCAUGGAGCUAAAGCCAAGCCAUGGUAGCGACAAAGCGUGGGUCUGGAGCACCGUGGCCGACUUUGCAGAUGAGGAGCCGAAGCCAGAACUGCUAGCACUACGGUUCGGAAGCGUGGAGAAUGCCCAAAAAUUCAAGGAAAAAUUUGAAGAAGCAAAGAAAAUGCAAAUUGCGCUACUCAAAGAAAGCAAAGAAGCCGCUCCCGAAUCCGAAGUGCCCACGAAGGAACUAGAAUCGCUGGCCAUCAAGGAGGAGGCGAAGGAGGAUAAAGCGGGCGACAGUAGCACCGCUACAGAAUCUGAAAAGAUCCCAUCCGGAGACUCGGCGGAUUCGUCCAAGAAGUGAACGAAAAUGCCUAACGUACUUUUAGCCUGCUGUGUACUGCUGGUCAAUCGACUGUUGCCUUUUUCGCGUCGCAGGGACCAUGUCUCGCUCUCGGAUGAGGCGAGUCAGUCCUCAGUCUCGGGGAACUCAUCCUCGGGUAGGCUGGUUUUUUGAGGCGCGGAAACGCCCAAUUUGUGGCGGGAUGUAAGUGGCCUCUUUUUCCUUUUUUUUAGUGCAUUGCCAGAGAGUUCCUACCUUGUGAAGGAAGUUUGUAAAGCACGUAGUGUUGUUUGAAGGGGAGAGGACUAGAGCAGACGUCUGGCUGGCACGGUGGUUGGUGGUGGUGUCAUGCGACCACACACGAAAGUACGACACAGAUUGAGCGUUGCUGCCUUUAUCGUGUCUAAUUCGUUGGAUAUGUGCUGGUGUUAUUGUCGAAAAGUGUUCUUUUUUGCAUAAUUUUCUUUACGCACACUGGCAGGAAUUAUUUCUUCAGGAGAGGUAGUACGGUCGAACCAGGAUAUAUCAAAAUUGAAGGUGCUCGCAAUAUAGUUCAAUAUAUAGGUAUUGUGAAAUAUAAAGUAUGCUUAAUGUGGUGGAAUUCGACAUGCACUUGGUAGGGUGCUAUGCUUUUGCAUGGGAUAUCCAAGGGGGUGGAUUUAGACAAUAAUUCGAUCUACCCAGGUUCGGUAUAUCCAAGUUUGACUGUACCACAGCGGAAUCCCGUUGAUACGUUCCUCACCGUUGCGUUUUCCCGGUCUCUAUCCUAUAUAUUGUUUCCAUUCGAUAUGCUGUCGUUUUGUAAUGUUCCUGCAUGUUACGUUGUACUUGAUUAGUAGUCUCAUAAAUUUAGCAUUGCAUAGGCAAACUUGGAAGUAAGAAAUUUCAGAAGUAUGCAAUCGUCAAGUCUGGAUGAGCAUGUUGCAACACAGUCCAGUUUUUGCUGGCUCGCUAAAGUCAGUCUCGCUGCAGUACAGUCUUGUUGUGCAGCGAAACAUACUAAGAAUGAAAGGGGGCUGUUAUCACGGAAUGUUGUAUGUGUCUCUUAAUUAUGCACACGCACAGAGCUGUUUCUGACGUUGCUAUGGCGAUUUGUGGCCUUCCUCACUGUCGUGAUUUCCCGGCUGUUAUGUUCGUUUUGCUUGGUCCCUUGAAAACUGUAUUAACGGGAUUCUAAAGUAUACUUGUGGCACUGUUGUUAGUGUGCAGUAGCUGAGAGAUGUGUGUGUAGCUCUUAUAGAGUGAGAAAGUGGAUCAACACUGCUUUCGUAUCCAAGCACAUUCAGUUUAUAUUUUGCAGUUUUCUACGGUUUCAGCCAGACAUUGAGAGUCAACUUUUUCUUUCUUCACAAUGCGUGCGCGUGGCACUUUGAGUGUAGAGCAUGCUUCACUGUCGCUCGCUUUGCACGAGAUUCCACAAUCAAUGCUGAAAUGCUUUUAAUUUUGCUUAUAGAGCACACAUAAUAGCUUAUGCUGUAUUGCCACGCUUCCUGUAUGUUUGUGUUAGUAGCAUAAUUUGCCACUUAUGCAAAUCUUGGGUUCUUCUAACAGAAGACUUGCAUGUUGCGUGGGCAGAUUCGGGGGCACUCUUUAUGUUAACGACAUUAGCAAUGUCAAGUUUUUGCUGUUGGCAAGUGAGAACGGCGUGGCACGCCUCAGUUUAUAACCAUUUGUAAUCACUUUGAGUUAAUGAUGAUGGGAACCGUCGUAAGGUUCUCAAACUAUUUAUAAGUGUACUAUAUACAGUAAGCGCAUGGUGUUGCUUUGGCUCUAAGGGUUGAUACUCUUAUUAUAUACUGCGAAAUGGCCAACAAGCUCGCUUCCUUUUUCAUCAUCAUUUUGUCCACCGAGCGCUACCUUCAGAUGUUUAUGACUGUGUCAUUGUGCGUGUGUGUGCUGGUUGUGUUGUACAUGCUGAUGGGAGUGACUGUGUAGUGUUGGCUGACAUGUUUGUGACUGUGGUUUAACACAUCCAUCACGUGAUGCGAGGACUCUGGCAGAUGAAAGAAUAGGCAUCUCAAAAUAAGCUGGCGUUUAGUGACACAGACUCGGCAGAGCUGUUGGUUGUGCUUUCACGCCAGGACACUGGGUUAUUCAGUCAUUUCUUCACUGUAUAUACCGCGGCAUGUGUAGUUCUUGCGGAACACCUCAUGUACUUGGCAAGCAGCUAUUAAAUGGUCUUCGGAUUUGUC